GUGCUGAUCGCUGUCGUCACUAUAUGGUGGAGAUGCAGAGCAAUGGGAAGUAUGUGAUUCUCGGGGAGGAUCGGGCUCAUUCCUCUCUCACAGAUCUGGUCCAGUAUCACACUCAGGUGGGCAUCAUGCCCUUUAUGGAGCUGCUGACGCUGCCCUGCGGUCAGAUGUGUGAUCAGGAGCCGGACUAUGAGGAGCUCAAAGCUUUUACAUCAUCGUCGUCGUCGUCUGCGGUGGAGCGUCCCGCUGAGGAUCAGGACAUGGACACGGGUUCACAUAAAGUGCACUUAGAGAUGCAGAGACUCUUCCUGCCGCCGAGAGGAAACACAAACCCAGAGUCCCACAAACCGCCGGUGCUCAAGCGCAUCUCUGACCGCCGCAGACGAGUCGAACCCGCUCAGAUGGAGCACAAGGACGACGAUCCGACCAGAGAGAGCAGACCGUUCCCCCGACUCUACCCCUCCAUACGACUGGCCAUGAGAGAAAUCCAGCAGAUCCAACAGGUACAAACACACAUGCACGGGAGAUACAGAGGAGAUAUGUGA